AGUCCAUUUGAUCGCCUAAACAGAAUGGCAGGGGGGGAAACGCUGGUAUGGCAGAUUGGUUCAAGUUAAAGUGACGGCCAAGUGUGAAUAUUUUUUUACAACAACACGCAGGACAUGACAGAGUUUCUGUCCGCGUCCUCUGAGAUAAAAUGGCGUUGUUGUUGCCAUCAUCUGUGCUUGUGGCUCUUGUUUUCCUCACGGCAGAAGUGACCCUGUCUACAGGAAGCAAUGAAUGUGUUGCUAGAAACUUUGGCCAUGACUCUGUGGUGUGUGAGUGUAAUUCAACCUACUGUGACAGUGUUGGGUCAGUAUCUUUGCCUCCACUGGGCCAGUACUCCUCCUACCUGAGCAGCAAGGCCGGCAGCAGACUGGAGGCGGGCCGGGGUCAGGUCCAGGUGAACAGCACGGGUGGAGGCCUCAGGUUGACAAUCGUCCCCUACCAGAAGUACCAGAAGAUCAGGGGAUUUGGUGGAGCUAUGACGGACGCAUCAGCCAUUAACAUCCUGUCUCUCUCUGCUGGUGCACAGGACCAGCUGCUGCGUCAGUACUUCUCCCCCGAAGGUAUCGGCUACAGCGUGGUGCGUGUCCCCAUGGCCAGCUGUGACUUCUCCACCCGUCUGUACACAUAUGCUGACACACCUGGAGACUACAACCUGGACAAUUUCACACUGGCCCCUGAGGACGUCAACAUGAAGAUCCCUCUCCUGCAGCGUGCUCAGGCCUUGUCUCCUCGCCCUCUGUCUCUGCUGGCCAGCGCCUGGAGCGCUCCCGCCUGGAUGAAAACCAAUGGUGCCCUCAUUGGAAAGGGCUCCCUGAAGGGCCAACCUGGGGGCAAGGAGCACAAAACCUGGGCUCAGUACUAUAUCAGGUUCCUUGAGGAAUACGCUAAAUAUAACUUGACCUUCUGGGCUUUGACCACAGGGAAUGAGCCCUCUACAGGACGGAUGACAAACUACAGUUUCCAGGCUCUUGGCUUCACUCCUGAGGAGCAGAGGGACUGGGUGGCUCUGGACCUGGGCCCUGCCCUGCAUGCCUCUUCACACCCACGCACACACGUCCUCAUCCUGGAUGACAACCGCCUGCUGCUGCCUCACUGGGCCAAAGUGGUCCUAAAUGACAUUCAUGCAGGGAGGUACAUUCAUGGCGUGGCAGUUCACUGGUACAUGGACAGCCUCGUCCCAGCAGAGAUAAGCCUGGGAGUCAUCCAUCAUCUCUACCCAGAGUACUACCUGUUUGGCACAGAGGCCUGUUCUGGCUGGAGCCCACUAGACAGAGGGGUGAAGCUGGGGAGCUGGGACAGAGCGGACCAGUACGCACAUGACAUUAUAGAGGACUUGAAUCAUUAUGUGGUGGGCUGGACAGACUGGAACCUGGCAUUGGACCAGACUGGUGGGCCAAACUGGGUGAAAAACUUUGUGGACAGCCCUGUUAUAGUGGAUGCACAGCGGGAUGUCUUCUACAAACAGCCAAACUUCUACAGCAUGGCCCACUUCAGUAAGUUCCUGUGGGAAGGGUCUCAGAGAGUGGGAGUGGUCGCCAGUCAGAAAACAAAGCUGGAAUACUCUGCCUUUAUCAGACCAGAUGGCUCAGUAGUGCUCAUCAUACUCAACAGGUCAUCAUCAGUGAUCCAGUUUGAAGUUGCGGAUCCGGCUGUGGGCUACAUCUCCUCCACUGCACCGGCUCAUUCAUUGCUCACACUGGCUUGGAACACACACUGAUCAUUAAUACAAAUUCGACCACAUUAUAAAUGUUUUAUGCACAUUUCAAAAAGCCACGAAAAAGCAUUUCAUGUUGGAACCUUCUCCUUACCAAAGCUUUUAUUAAUCUGAAUGCCUUGCUGGUAUUAAACCACUCACACACAUUUUUUAUAAUCCCCAGUGCUUUUCUGCACAGCUUUAGUGAUUUCAGUGGUCACUUAAAUUAACCCUCAGCAAACAUGAAUAACCUCAAAUCAUUUAAUUUCCUUCAAAGACUAAGAUGCUUUUUUUAUGCAGAGAUUCCUAUCUCUGCAAUCUCUGAAAGUAAUGAAUGUAUCAGUUCACCCGACUGACUUGUGCCGAAGCGUAACUACUGCCUUGAUUUCCAGCAAAUAAGAUGCUUCAAGUGUCACAAUCACCAAGAAAUCAUAUAAAUAAUGUACAAAAAUUGUAAAUGCCUUCUGUUGCUAUUUAAUUUUAAAUAAAGCACUAAUUGUUUUAAA